AUGCUGCAAUUCCCGGCGCUGAUGCGGCAGUGGCCGUCGCCGCCGCUGAUUCCGGCGUCCACACUCCUCCCCGUGCCCGCAACUACCCAGGAGGACGAGCUCCUCCUCGCCAUGGCCGAAUCCGACCUCGAGGACAAGGUACUGCUGCUCUUCCCCUUCCUGCCCGUGUCCUUCGUCCCCACCGCACGCCGCGGCUCUAACGCCUGCCCCGUUCUGCUCUUUCUUGCUCUCGCCUCUCAGCUGAAUGCGAUCCGCAAGACCAACAGCAACCUGGUGAUCAUAGGCAAGCCUACCAACGACGUCAAGGAGGAGUACGACGCGGAGGUGGAGGAGGACGACGUCGACAACGUCGACGAGUCCGACGGGGACGACUUCGACCAAGAAACCGGCUGA